AUGAGAUAUCUACUUGUAAAAGCUCUUCUGACUUGCCUUGGCGUCAACUCCGGCUCUGGCUUUGCGGCUAGAUUGCCUGUGAGGCAAGAUGCGGUAACCGUCAUCCAAACAAUGACACUCCCAACCCCAGAACCUACAACUUACAACUGGGCCGCCGGAGCGACAGAGCAGUAUCCGAUUCACAGCUCCUGCAACGCCACGGAGCGCGCGCUCCUAUCCAGGGGUCUCGGUGAUGCCAUUAAGCUUGCCGACCAUGCGAAGAAGCAUAUACUCCGCUUCGGUAACAACUCAGACUUCUAUACUAAGUACUUCGGUACGGCACCGACGGCGGAGGUUAUCGGAUGGUUUGAUAAGAUAGUCAGCGCUGACCGCGGCGGAAUCUGGUUCCGCUGCGAUGACAUUGACGGCAACUGUCAUCAAGAAGGCUGGGGAGGGCAUUGGCGCGGAGAGAACGCCACCCAGGAAACAGUCAUCUGCCCUCUUUCCUACACAACUCGGAUGCCUCUCGAGGGGCUCUGUGGCUACGGAUAUUCCGUUGCGACAGGGCAGCUCAACUUCUAUUUCGGAUCCGACUUGAUCCACCGUUUGUACCACCUCCCGGCCAUCGGCGAGGGCGUCGUCGAACAUUACGCCGAUACCUAUAAUGAAUGUCUUGAGUUAGCGGUCCAUAACCCGGCAGAAGCAGUGCGCAACUCGCACACCUUGCAGUACUUCGCGCUGGAUGUUUACGCAUUUGAUGUUGCAGUUCCCGGAGAGGGUUGUACGGGGCGGACUCCCGAGUCAGAGUCGUCUACUACUCAGUCCGCGACGAGUACGUCUACUCCAGGGCCAUCCUCGACUAGCACAGCAGCCACGGAAUGUCAUACGCACGCCGAUGGCACUGAGCACUGUACAUAG